AUGAUUCGAGCGGCAGAGACAUGCGCCUGCCCUCUUCAAACGUAUGGACCAUCCAUGGCCGCUUCUUGUGGUAGUCAGUUUAUCAUAUUCAUGGGUAUAUUGGAGUCAUUUAUGAACGGCCGCUGUGACUUGGUGGACCCAUGUAAUCGCGUUCGAGAUAAGGAGGUGUAUGAAGACAGUUACGACUUUAUCGUCGUGGGUGGUGGAACAGCUGGUUCUAUAGUGGCUGGGAGAUUAUCGGAGAAUCCACAGUGGAAGGUACUACUAAUUGAGGCCGGUGGUCACGAGCCAACGCAGUCUGCAGUGCCAGCUUGGAUAACUGCGUACUGGGGCCAAAAUGAAACUGACUGGAAUUAUGUAACGGAGAGACAGGAAAAGGCUUGUCUAGCUAACGGAGGCCGCUGCACUUGGCAUAGAGGGAAAAUGUUGGGUGGGUCUUCCGCGAUCAAUGGGAUGAUGUACAUGCGAGGACACGCAGCGGACUAUGACGGGUGGGCGGUGAACGGCGCGACCGGUUGGUCGUGGUUCGAGGUGAUGCCGUACUUCCUCAAGAGUGAGGAUAACAAGGAGAUUGGGAGAGGAGUGUCUGGACAAUACCAUAAUACUGGCGGGCCGCUGCCGGUGCAAAGAUUCCGGUACGCGCCUCGCUUCGCCCAUGACGUGGUUUCCGCGGCCAUUGAGUUGGGCUACACCCCGACCAGUGAUCUCAACGGCGAGACCAACACCGGUUUUACCAUCGCUCAAGCACUUAAUGAUGGCGGUACGAGAUACAGCACAGCACGCGCCUACCUUCGACCAGCGUCUCACCGCGAGAAUUUCGACGUCCUGCUUAACUCUCUCGUCUCUCGCGUGAUAAUAGAUCCCACAACCAAAAGGGUUACAGGUGUAGAGUAUAUUAAAAAUGGAGAAGUGAAAACAGUUGGAGUCAUAAAAGAGGUUCGAGUUGGACCGAAAGAAACCCUGGACAAGUUCAACAUUCCCGUUAUCAAGGAAUUGCCGGGAGUGGGUCAAAACUUACACAAUCACGUGGGGGUGACAUUACAGUUCACUUUGACCAAAGAACCGGAUGUUCCCGAAUUGAAUUGGGAGAGCGCUAUGGAGUAUAUGCUGGAGAGAAAGGGUCCGCUUUCAGCAUCUGGAAUGUCUCAGUUGACGGGAAUGAUAAAUUCUCGACUGGCGCCAUCUGGUGGCCGACACCCUGACAUCCAGUAUUUCUUUGGUGGGUAUUACGCGGCGUGUGGAGAUGGAUCGCUAGGACCGGAUAAUUUGGAAGAAGCUGGCAAGAGGAAAGUGAGCAUCUCAGCCAUCGCCCUUCAGCCUCGCAGUCGUGGUUACCUCACACUACGCUCCAUAGACCCCACAGAGCCCCCAAUCAUGCAGCCCAAUUACUUCUUCAACGAGCACGAACUCGAAGUUUUGGUGGAAGCUGCGAGAACGGCUUAUCGUUUGACUAAUACCACGAUCCUCCGCGAAAAAUACGGAAUGCAGCCAACCGAAAAUUACGGAAGCCAAUGUCCUGGUGGCGGUUUGAAUCCCACGGACGAUUUCUUUAGAUGCCUCGCACAACAGCACACUGCCCCAGAAAACCAUCAAAUUGGUACUUGCAAGAUGGGGGCAAGUGACGACCCUAUGGCUGUAGUUGACCCGAAAUUAAACGUGUAUGGUAUCGAAGGUCUUCGAGUAGUCGACGCGUCAAUAAUGCCCACCGUACCAUCAGCCAAUACAGCAGCACCCGUUAUAAUGAUAGCAGAACGAGGGGCCGAAUUCGUCCUCACCAGACACCAGAGGUUCAAAAACAGAUUCGGCGCUAAUCAGCCCUCGAAAGGAGGUGCAAUUAGCCAUGAUGAUAGGUGGACAAAUUACGAUAACAAGAAAGAUCAGAAGUGGGAUGACAGGACCUGGGCUUUCAAUAAGAACUGGCAUAACCAAAACGUACCACAAGAUUGGCAUAGACGGAAUCGAGUUUAUCACGCAGGACAUUCGACUAGAUAA